AUGUCGUCCAACGUUGGCCUCAGCACGCCGCGAGGCUCAGGCACCUCCGGCUACGUCCAGCGCAACUCUGCCAACCUCAAACCCCGCGACAACGCCCAACCCUACCCGAAAGAUAUCGAUUCGAUCAAGCACCGCCAAAGACAACCCGACAAGGAGAUCUUGGAGCACGAUCGCAAGCGCGAGAUCGAGGUCAAGGUGUUCGAGCUGCGAGACAAGCUGGAAGAUGAAGGUGUGGACGAGGACGAGAUCGAUGACCAAUGCGACGCACUACGAAAGAAGCUCGAAGCCGAACAGAGCAAAGCCGGAAGCGGGCCAAACGCGAGGAAUCUGAAGUCACACCAGGUACACGAGAUUGCAGCCGCCAAGAUCGACGAGAGCGAGAGGUUGCGAAAGGCGCUUGGAAUUAGCAAGGACUAUGAGGAGGGCAGUCAUUGGAGAAGGCAGGAAGAGAGGAAGCUGGAGGCAGAGAAAGAGCGCGCCAAGGGCGAAGUUGGAAGAGAUCGGGAUUGA